UUCAGCCUCUCUCCAAUGUCCUUGCCUCUCUCUUUAAUUGGUGUUUUGUAAAAAAUGGCGGCUUAACACUUGAUACAAUGUCUCAAGAAAAAGAGAUUGAAAUGGCUCAUUAUAUUCAAGGAAAAUCACAAUGUGGAGAUGAAACAAAGUAAAGCAGACAGAUGCAUGCAAUCAAUGAUAAACUCUACCUGGCAUCCUUGGCAGAUGUUAGCGAUAUUAAUUCAAUAUUGCAACAUGAAAUCAAUCACAUUUUGACUGUUGACAGUUCACCCCUUCCAUUAGAUCUUCAGAGUCAAUUGAAAAGCACUGGUGUAGAAAUUGAUCAUGUGUCUAUGCUUGAUACCCUUGACUUUGAAGUUUUUGAUUCACUGAAAGAUGCUGUGAGCAUAUUGCACAAAAGAGCACCAACAAUUGUUUCAGUUGUUCAUUGUUUUGCAGGAAUGUCAAGAAGUGCAACUGUGGUAAUUUGCUACUUGAUGCAGUCUUUAGGCUUAAAAUAUGAUGAAGCAUUUCAAUAUGUCAAAUCAAUAAAACCAGAUAUUUGUCCAAAUCCAAAUUUUGAGAAGCAGCUCAGGCUGUUUGAGGAGCUAGGUAAUACUUUUGACAAAUACAGAGAAUUCAAACGUGCUUUGCAGCGAUUGAAUGGCUAUGACCAAAGACUAGAGGAUUUAAAAGUUUCUUUGAAAGCGGCAAUUAGAGGAAAUAAUACAAUGGUAUCUGCAACCUGUAGAAAGUGCAGAUUUUCAUUAUUUAGUGAAUGCACAGUUUCCCACUCUUGUUUGAGCUCUAGUGCUUCAAUCUUUCUUCAAAGUCCUGAGCCCUGGAUGCUACAAAAUUCUGUCUCUGAACAGGAUUCAAAGAUAUUAUGUCCUGCUUGCAGAUGUAAGCUCGGAAGUAUUCGAUGGAAAGGGUGUAUGUGUUCUUGCAAGAAGUGGGUAAGACCAGCGAUUCAAGUGCAUAAAAGUAAGGUUGAUCAAACACUUUUUUCGACGCCUGUGGAACUUUUAACUCCAAGCCACGAUGGAAAUACCUCUGUAAAGUGAACAUUAUUGGUAUCGUAUUUGAACCCCAUUUUGCAAUAUGAUGAGCCGCAAGUAAGCUUGGUUCUUCUGAGCCAAUGUGAAGUACAAACAGUUAAUGUAUUUUCAUCUCAAAUAGAAUAUCAUUGUUGUGACUGAAGGCGCCCAUGCCAGGCUGCAGAGUGACGUCAAGGUACUUUGCCUCCGGGGUAAUUCUUUGAAGGGUAUUCAACCGCAACUCCGGGCUAACUCUUUUUAUUUUAGCUGUCUGUGGUUUUAAAGCGCACAAUUUUCUCAAUGUUCUCUUCGAUUCCUGUCUAGAGUUUAAGAUCUUCACUUGAAAAGAUAACUUUGUAGACCUGUGUUACCGGAAACAAGCUCCAGCCCUCAUUUUGAUCUCCAGUUUGUGGUGCCUCUUAUCGCUUUAUACACUUGUGGGUGGCAUAAAAUUGCAGUCGAUUAGCUCAUCUCAAUCCAACAAGUUGAAUAAUCAGUCAGAAAGUCUAAGUUAUGUUCCCAUUUGCAAACCAAAAAUGUCUAAACCUAAAAGGGACACAACCAAUUGGAGAUCCUAAUUGCUGAUAAGAUAUAAAUUGGUUUAUAAAGUUUUUUCUUACCAAUAUAAAUUAUACCUGCCCGAGUUUCUUUAGUUUCUCUACACCUUGUUGAGAGGUAAGUUGAUUAGGGGCCUACUUUGUUUCUGAUGCCUCUAAACAACUGAAACAGUAUAUUGUUUAUUAACUUAACUUAAAGUUACAACGUAAGGCUCAAAGAGCAUUGAUUCAUUAUGCUAGCAACUUAUUUUUACAUUAUUAUUGUAUCUGAAAUCUGCUUUUUAAAAGUGAAUCAGAGAUGCAAGAUACAUAAUAUAUGCCGGAUACACAAAACUGGA